AUGGAGUAUCUACCUAGUCUUCAACAAGAGUUCGAUGAGCACAAGCCAUCGCUAUUCGAACUCCUUGCUGAACAGCAAUUGUCCGACCUACUUCCCCCAUCCCUCCGAUAUUUGCUUGCUGUCGCGACACACCGCCAUCCAAGAUACCUACUCCGAAUCCUCAAUUCCUAUGACGAGGUCUAUGCCCUCCUUUCUCUAGUCGUCGAGCGCUAUUAUCUUCGCACAUUCGGCGGUUCAUUCACAGAAAACUUCUAUUCACUAAAGCGCGAACGUGUCUUACGCACAAAGAAUGGCGAGAUCCCACGCGCUCAGGUCGGCGCUGGUGGCCCCGUCCGCGAUGCCCUCAAACUGCACUCGGCCGAUGUAUGGAAGAACCUUCUUAUCAUGGUCGGUAUCCCCUACUUGAAGCGGAAGCUUGACGAAGGAUAUGAUAUACACGCUGCUCCGCAAGCAUCGCUUAUCAUGAGCGGUGGUCCCCGAUAUAACCCCAGCGAUGAUCUGCCACCGCGUCCAACAGUGCGUCAGCGCAUCUUCCACUACUACAAGUGGUUCCUACGAAAUGUAUACCCAUCAGUGAAUGCGGCUUACUACUUCUCUGUUUUGGCAUUCAACCUUGCCUAUCUUUUUGAUAAUACCAAGUAUUCUUCUCCCUUUCUCUGGCUCAUUGGAACGCGUAUCCGCCGCCUUGGAAUCGCGGAUCACCGGGCUAUCGCUGCUGUGUUAGACCCCAAGCCUGCCCCUGGUGGUAACAGAUCCCAGCGCCCUGGCUCUGGUCUUCUAGGUCUUCUCAGUCCACAAAACCUCUACCCACAACUUCUUACCUCUCUACGCUACUUCCUUCCCGCGUCUAUCUUUGCCUUGAAGUUCCUGGAGUGGUGGCAUGCCAGUGACUUUUCACGACAAUUAGCCCGCAAGGCGACCGAAGUGCUUGAUCUCCCAGCACCCGUCGUCUCAGGACUCACCAACCCAGCCGAACGACGAAAGGCCAGCCAAGAAGAAAAAGAGAAGAAGCAAGCCGCCGAGCUCGAGAAGAAGUCGGCAACGGAUCUGAAAUCUGCGCUUAAAGCACCUCGUCGCCACCAACCACCUAUCUCAGCUACAUCCUACCUUCCCAUUUUCACAGUUCCUCUACCACCUGCUGAGACGUCGAGCGCAAAUACUUGCCCCGUCUGCUUGAAUAGCCUUGCAAACCCGACAGCCUGCCAAACAGGAUACGUCUUUUGUUAUGUCUGUAUAUUCCACUGGCUUAAUGGAGAGCAUCAGCGCCAAUUGGAUUUUAUGAACGGAGAAGGAGCAGGUGCAGCUUGGGAGGAGGAAAUUACGGGCGAUGAUGACGAUAUGAAGACCUCGGAUGGACACGAUUCUGGAGAUAAGAGUUCUCGCAAGCGAGGCGGGAAAUGGGAGAGUGGUAAGGGAAGAUGUCCUGUUACUGGCAGGAGAGUCCUUGGUGGAACUGAGGGCUUACGACGAGUGCUGAUAUAA